AUGGCCACCGUUAUCAGAGUCCCCUGCUCGUCGGCGAACAUUGGCCCCGGAUUCGACGUCAUUGGCCUGGCGCUCAACCUCUACCUGGAAGUGCAGCUCACGGUCACGACGCAGGAAUCCUCGACGCACUCGCUCAAUUGCCGCAUAACCUACGAAGGCGUAAAUGCGGCAUCCGUCCCCCUCGUCGCCGAAGACAACCUCAUCACCAGAACCGCCGUCUACGUCCUUCGCUGCCAUGGCAUUCGCGCCUUCCCCGCUGAGACCCAUGUCCACGUCAAGAACCCCAUACCGCUGGGCAGAGGGCUGGGAUCGUCGGCUGCAGCAAUCGUAGCUGGCGUGAAUUUGGCGAAUGAAGUAGGAAGUCUGCAGCUGUCCAAGGCGAGAAUGCUGGAUUACUGUCUGAUGGAGGAGCGACACCCGGAUAAUGUGGCGGCGGCCUUGUACGGCGGCUUCGUGGGCACGUACUUGAACGAGCUUUCUGCCGAGGACACCGAGCGCCUUGAGAUCCCGCUCAGCGAGGUGCUACCAGAACCUGCCGGAGGCAUUGACACUGGCCUCCGCCCUCCGGAGCCUCCACGGGACAUCGGUCACUAUACCAAGUUCAAGUGGUCACCUCAGAUCAAGUGCAUUUGCGUCAUACCUCAAUUUGAGGUGUCUACCGCAAAAGCUAGGGAGGUGCUGCCUCAAAGUUACUCACGGAAGGAUGCCAUAUUCAACAUGCAGCGUUUGGCAGUUCUGACAACUGCUCUUGGACAGUCACCGCCGGAUCCUGGCAUGAUUUAUACUGCCAUGCAAGAUAAGCUCCACCAGCCAUACCGUCGAGGACUGAUUCCAGGGCUCACCGAGAUCCUGCAGUCUGUCACUCCUCAGUCGCAUCCAGGCCUCCUAGGAAUCUGCUUAUCUGGCGCUGGCCCUACUAUUUUAGCACUCGCCACUAACAAUUUCGACUCGAUAGCCAAUCACCUCUUGCAGCAAUUUCACAAGGAAGGGAUUACAUGCGACUGGAAGCUGUUGGAGCUUGCCGAGGAAGGGACAACAGUUGUCUGGCCAGCUACGUCCUCUCUGCAGCUGGAAGAGUCGCUGACGUACGCCUCCGCUGGUGUCAGUAUCGACGCUGGGAACGUCCUCGUGAAGGGCAUCAAGGCAUUGACAGCAAGCACACGGCGUCCUGGAGCUGACGGCCAGAUUGGUGGAUUUGGCGGUAUGCUCGACUUGGCAGCGGCGGGCUAUACAGAGCCACCGAUAUUAGUAGGGGCGAUUGACGGCAUUGGGACGAAAGUCAAGAUUGCGUUCGAGAUGGGCAAGCACGACACUGUUGGCAUCGACUUAGUCGCCAUGAACGUUAACGACCUCGUAGUACAGGGCGCCGAGCCGCUGAUGUUCCUCGAUUACUACGCCUGCAGCAAGCUCAAUGUCGAAAACACCGUCAAGUUCGUUGAAGGGGUAGCGAAUGGCUGCCGACAGUCUGGUGCCGCGCUCGUAGGUGGCGAGACAGCUGAGAUGCCAGGUCUUUACAAGGAGGGCGAGUAUGAUGCGGGAGGCGCUGCCAUCGGCGCCAUCGAGAAGGGUGCGACUAUACUGCCCGACACUGCAGCCAUGCAAGAGGGAGACGUACUUCUGGGCCUUGCUUCGAGCGGGGUUCACUCCAAUGGUUUCUCCCUUGUCCGCAAGAUCAUUGAGAAGAGGGGCCUUUCGUUCCAUGACGCCGCGCCUUGGAGUGCCAGCGAGACGAUUGGCGCCAGUCUGCUCACACCGACGCGUAUCUACGUCAAGCCGCUGCUUGCUGCAGUACGCAAAGGGCUUCUCAAGGGCAUGGCUCAUAUUACGGGUGGGGGCCUUCUGGAAAAUAUCCCUCGUAUGUUGCCGGAGACCCUUGCUGCCGAGCUUGAUGCGUCGACAUGGCCCGUCCCGCCGGUCUUCGAGUGGCUAAAGCAAGCCGGUCGGCUCGAGGAUUCGGAGUUCUGCCGAACAUUCAAUACCGGUCUCGGCAUGGUCUUGGUUGUGAGCGAAGAGAAGGUGCGGAUGGCCACCGAAAUACUCCAGGAACACGGCGAGAAGGUUUACAGAGUCGGAUCGCUUGUUAGGAAGACGGCCAGGGACUGCACGGUGCGCAACAUGGACGUCUGGAGGUGA